GCCAAUCUCGGUGAUUUGCGAAAUUGUAGCUGCUAGGCGGUAAAAGGAGACCAUAGGUCUGGCAGCAUUAGGACCCGUACAGUAUUAGUCUGGUUGUGUCGCAGUUUAAUGAUGCGAAAGGGAGGAGUUCUGCAGAGUAGCCCUUCAGAUAAACGCCAUGACCACAGCCGAUCCAAAAGCGAAGAAGAGAACCAAGAGCUCAUACUUGCGCCAUGCGGCCAAGAAGUCCCGCGGGAGUCGAGAGCUGGAAGCUGGGAUGCAGGGUCUGCUUAUCACCUGCAACAUGAACGAGAGAAAAUGCACAGCAGAAGCGUACAGCUUGCUGAAUGAGUAUGCGGACCAACUAUAUGGCCCAGAAAAGUUUGUAGAGGAAUCUAACAGUGAGGACGAGGAAGAUGAUGAUGCCGAAGCUGCUCUGAAGAAGGAAGUAAAUCAGAUCAGUGCAUCAACACAGAAGCAACUCCGCCGAUUCCAGGCUUUGGACAGUGGGGCCAACAAUGUUGUCUUCAUCAGAACUCAAAACAUCGAACCGGACAAAUUAGCUCAUUACAUUUUGAAGGAUCUACAUACCACCAAGAAGAAGAAAACCAGAGCUAUUCUGCGGAUGUUGCCAGUGUCUGGGUCCUGCAAGGCUUUCAUGGAGGAGAUCCCAAAGUACUUUGAGACUUUCCUGGAACCCUGGUUCAAAGAUCCCAACAAGGCUACUUUCCAGAUUGUUUAUAAAGCUAGGAAUAACAGUCACAUGAGCAGAGAUGAUGUCAUCAAGGCCCUGGCAGGAGUAGUAGUAAAUUUGAAUGCUGAAAACAAAGUUGAUCUUGGUCAUCCUGAAUACACCAUCAUAGUGGAGAUAAUCAAAGGUGUGUGCUGUGUGAGUGUAGUCCGAGAUUAUUUACUUUUCCGCAAAUACAACCUGCAAGAGGUAACAAAAAAUGAUGUUGAGGAGAAAUCAAUAAAAGGAACCUGCUCUCCUCCCUCUAAAAUUGAUGGCCAUGUGGGUUCAAAAGAGCGACUGGAAGAAAAGGAACUUGACAAGAAAGCUGAAGAAGACGGGCAGGAAUUGGAGCCACAUGUCAUGGGUACUGGAGAUGCAUUUCAAGAGCAGAAAAGCAGGGAACAGAAAGCCGAAAAGGAGACCUGCGUUUACAGUGAGAAUAACCAGCCUGAAUCAUAGUCUGGUGGCUUGUGAUUGUUAAACACUUUCUUGUGUGAUUUUGGACAACAAAUCUUUUCUAAGUUACCCCUUUGCACCUGUUAAGGAGCCGUGUAUUGCUCCUGACUACUCUGCCCGAAGUCUUUACAUAUUGUAAAUGAGCAAGGCGGGAUGUUUAACUUUUUAAACAAACACGCUGUGAUGGUUAAUCUCGUUUUCUGACCUGCUUCAGGUUGUUCCUGUUAAAAGCAAAUCUUGCUACUUUUUUCAAAAUAGAUAUUUGAAUCUUUUUUUUUUUAAAGCAAAAUUGUUUUGGGGCAAAUUUCAAUUAAAAUAGAUUUUUACCUCAAAUUUUAUGUUAAUAUGAUUUUUACAACGAUUUGGAUAUCAGAUACUCUGGUUUAAUUGCAUUGUUAGUCUCGGCUGCAUCAGGAUUUCAGAAUCAAUUUGAGUAUGGUUGCAUGGUGGUUAUGUUUCUGGUGGGGAGAUGGUUGUUGGAUAUAUGGUUUAUUAAACUCGCAUGUGCAUUCCAA